AUGGAUACACGAAAACAGCGAAAAUUGAGAUUAGAAAGGUUGGAAGGAGGAACGGGGACACCACCAACAUCGCUUAUAUUAAAGAAAAAAGAUUUUAGUGGAAUUAUCACUGCAGAAGGAGAACCAAAUUUACGACACACUUCGCCUCUACAAGUCUGCCCACCACCACCUGGACCAGUUGCAUUUCAAAGGUUCUCUCCACAGCAGCAACAACAACGCCAACAACCGGAUUAUAAUGUCUCCCUUACCUUCCAGCCUUGA